AUGGCGGGGAGGCGGCAGGCAGCCUGGUGCCUGGUGGUCAUCGCUCUGGCGGUGACGCUGGCGGUGGCGUCGGCGCAGCCCGUGCAGCCGAGGGUGGGCGGGCCGGGGAAGAAAGGCGGCAAGAUGCCGCCGGGCAAGUUCGAGACGGUGACCUUCGCCAAGAACAACAAGCGCAAGUACGAGGUGGCCUGCACCGACAACCGCGGCCCGCCCUGCGUCGUCUCCUGCCCCAAGACCUGCCCCAACAAGUGCCUCGCCUUCUGCGAGUACUGCAUGACCUUCUGCAUGUGCGACAUGUUCCCGGGCACGUCGUGCGGGGACCCACGCUUCACGGGCGGCGACGGCAACACCUUCUACUUCCACGGAAAGAAGGACCAGGACUUCUGCAUCGUCUCCGACAAGGACCUCCACAUCAACGCGCACUUCAUUGGCAACCACAACCCUGAUAUGAAGCGUGACUUCACGUGGGUGCAGGCCCUCGGUGUCACCUUCGUCCAUGGCGGCGCCGACCACCGCCUCUACGUGGGUGCCAAGAAGGUCGUCGAGUGGGACGAGGAGGAGGACCAUGUUCAAAUCACCCUCGAUGGGGUGCCCGUGGAGGUGGAGGCCGGCAAGAAUGCCCAAUGGGUCUCUAGGGCCAUGCCGGGGCUCUCCGUCACUCGCACCGACACGGUGAACACCGUCGUCGUGGAGCUCGACGGCGUGUUCAGCAUCUCGGCCAACGCCGUGCCCAUCACUGACGAGGACUCCCGGAUCCACAACUACGGGAAGACCGAGAAGGACAGCCUCGUGCACCUCGACCUAGGGUUCAAGUUCCACACCCUUACUAACGGCGUCGACGGCGUGCUCGGCCAGACCUACCGCUUAGACUACAUCAGCAAGGUCAACGUCACGGCCAAGAUGCCCAUCAUGGGCGGCGCGCCCAAGUACCUCUCGGCCAGCCUCUUCUCCACAGACUGCGCCGUCUCCGGCUUCCACCGUAACGGUGACGCCGCCAUCGAGACGUUCGCCUCAUAA